UGGGGGGUGGAUGGGGCGGUAAUUCGAGAGGUUUGGGGGGAGGGGAGUUGGAUGUGUAUAUAGUUUCUAGGAGGAAUUCAUUGUUUGGGUGAUUGAUGCUGAGAUUGGAAAUUCUUGCUGGUGGUUCAUGGGGUUUGAGUUGUGUGGCAUGGUUAAGGUUGGGUGUACAGUAGGUGUGAUAGGGCGUUUAUAUGAACAGGCUGUCGUCGCCAAUGGAAUUGAACAGUGGGUAAUACGGGUACAGUUGUUACACGGUGGACUCUAAGCAUGAAUCGGAUUGAAGGCUGAACGGGCUGCAUUGCAUAGUUUAUUUCUUGUUCUAGGCCCAAGGUGCCAUUCGCGACCUUGAUCCUAGUAAAACCGAGUCCGGCUCUUCAACAUCAAAUAUGCCCAGCCAGAGUCGAGCCCCCCAGCCAAAACAACCUGCCACCGUAGUUAGCUAUGCAACAACCAAGGGAUCUGGAGCACUUAUAAAAAAAAGGGCCGUUCCCUCACCGCGGGCCCUCGGUGAGGGAACGGCGGUCCACCACCCUGGGCCAUCCCUCGUGUUCAACUCCUGCGUUGCCAACUACAACUUAAAGCGCAGUCCUCUCCCCGCGACCCACACAACACCUCCCCCCCACAGCGUCGGAAACAACAGGAAACGAGACAGACAAGCACUGAGCUUUGAUCCCCUUUCGAGGUCCCAUAACAAGCCUCCUGUACGGAUCCGAGACAGCAGGAGAGCAAUGCUGCACAAUCUCACGAUCGAGAGUCUACCAACGCAACGUUUGCAGCGGCAUUGCCGAAGCGACGGUCAGGACAGGCGGCACCAGCGUGAUGGACACAGUCGGUGGCCAGAUAUACCUCACGCCCUCAGUUGAGAUUUCAGUCUUGAAUCAUUCCAGAUUUCGUGGCUCGAGCCCCUUUGACCAAGCAUAC